UGCGCCUCCAAACGCCAGAUGUGUCUGCUUUUACUCGUGAUUAGUGUUGCUACCACUUCGUAUACCAUUCCAGCAGGUGCGUUUGUAUUAGAUACGGUUAAAAAUUGAAGUAGAACAAGUGAUUUUUAAGUUGACGUUUAUUCACUUAUUAAGAAUAAUUAAUGGAAAUUGACGUGAGAAGAAUGGAAGUACAAGAUUUGCCUCAACAUUCCAAAAUCGAUGAAUAUUCAGAAAAUCUUAAUGUAGAAAAAGCUGAAGAUGAGCCUUCACAAUUGGAGAGUUGUGAUAGUUCAGAAAAAAAUGAUGAUGAUCAUGAUGAAAGUGAGAAAUCGGAUAAGCCUACGACAAAAUUAAAACCAUUUCGAAUUGAAGAUGAAACUCCAAGAUUAACAGAUGAAGAUGGUUGGUUGGAUAUAUUGGGAAGUAAUGAUCUAAAGAAGAGAGUAAUAGAGUCAGGGGUAGGAUUGGAAAGUAGACCACAACGAGGUGAUUGGAUUGUUAUUGAUGCCACGGGAGAAUUAGAAGAUGGUACUGUAGUGGAAAAGUAUGAUAAUAUGACAAUAAUAGUAGGAGAUUCGGAUAUUGUUCAGGGUCUUGAUUUGACGGUGACAUUAAUGGAGAAAGGUGAACUUGCCGAAGUUAUCAUUCCUGCCAGAUUAGCUUAUGGAGAGCAAGGGAAACUUCCAGAAAUUCCACCAAAUUCUGUCAUAAAUUAUAAAAUACGGUUAGUGGACGUCAGAUCAGAAGAAGAAGAAAAUUUAAGUGUCAAUCAAAGAAUUCAAAUUGGAGAUGAGAAAAGAGACAGGGGUAACUUUUGGUAUGAACGAGGUGAUUUUUCUACAGCUGUACAUUGUUAUAGAAGAGCAUUAGAUUUUCUUGAUUAUGAAGAAGGUCAGAAUUUUCAAAAACCAACUGAUGAUGAGUUUAAAAAAUUAGUAAGUAUAAGAAUUAAAGUUUAUAAUAAUCUUGCUGCAGCUCAGUUGAAAAUGGAUGCAUAUGAAGCUGCUAUUAAAUCUGUUAACAAUGUAUUAGCAAUUGAACCAAAAAAUGUAAAAGCUCUUUUUAGGAAAGGAAAGAUAUUAGCAGCUCGAGGACAAUUAGAUGAAGCUAUUGAUGUUAUGAAACAAGCAUUACAAAUAGAACCUGAAAGAAAGAUAAUCCAUCAAGAAUUAUCUAAAUUAACUUCAAAAAGGAAACAGGAAGAAACACAAGCAAAAGCAAUGUAUAAAAGAAUGUUUAAAUGUAAUAUGGAACCCCAAACAAAAUCCAAAGUUAAAAAGUCUUGGGUUUCUUCCAACUGGAGUAUGGUACUAGGUGGUAUUUUCACAAUUGUAUGUGGUAUUGCAGUUUAUAAGCAUUUUAAUUCUUCAGAAUAAUUUGCACAAAUUGUAUAAGUUUUAUACAAAUUUAUUAAAUAAAUAUUUGACCUACAUUAAUUAAUAAUCUAAAUUUUUCAAAUUUAAUCAUGUAAAAAUUGGAAAUAAAACUUGAUUAUAAAAUUAGUAAAUAUUGAUUUUGAAAAGAAUUAAAAUGCUUUAAAUAACAUUUCUUAAGUGUAAUUAAUACCAUGUUUAUACGAAAUAGACUUGGUGGUGAUAAUUGAUUAAGUGCACGUGAUUUAGUUGGGAUAUUUGAUCAUUCUUACAUUAAUCUCUUUUAUAUCUGUUUAUCACAUUUGAGAAAGAUGAUAAGCAAUGUCAAUUUCUUAUAUAAUUUUGAAAAUAAAAUAUUUUAGAUAAAUUUGUACUAGAUAUAAUUAACAGAUUUCAUACUCAGAUUUUUAACUUAUAAAAAAAAUAUUUAAAACAUUACUAAGAAUUCAUGAUAUCCCAAGUUUUCAAUUAUCAAAAUGUUUAAACUUUGUUAUGUUUGAAGAAUAAAAGUUAAAUCAAUAAUAAUAAAAGGAUAUUUAUAAUAAUUGGAAUGUAGAAA